GUUGUUAUAUAAGGUAAAGCCCAGCGGUCACUAAGCACAGUCAGCCGUGAUAAACACGGCUAACAAACAACUUUGGUAACUACAGCAGAAAUUGUAAAAGAUGUCUUCGAAGAACAAUCUUCUGUUGUUCUUCGACCGGCCGACGGAGCCAUGCUUCAUGCAAAAGGGUGAGAACAAGGAAGUGUUUCAACUACCCGAUAACUACUAUCCAGAAAAAUACAAGUCGUCCAGUAACGUGCUAGCUGACCGAUUCGGAAAUGAUGCGAUCAAGACAAUCCCGAUUAGAAACAUUGCUUUGCCCGAUCUUUCAUUGCCUCAGCAACUUCCAUACAAUGCUCAGUUUUCUCUGUGGAUAGAGAAACAUAGGAAAAUGGCCGCCAAGCUUAUUGAUAUCUUCAUGGGUAUGCGUGACGUGGAUGACCUACAGUCCAUCUGUUCGUACUGUCAGAUGAGAAUCAACCCUUACUUAUUCAACUACUGUCUCUCUGUAGCUAUAUUACACAGGGAUGACACCAGGGGUCUAAACAUCCCAACCUUUGCUGAGACAUUCCCUGACAAGUUCAUGGAUCCUAAAGUAUUCCGCAAAGCAAGAGAAGUGUCGUCUGUGGUACCUACAGGAAACAGGCAGAUGCCGGUUCUAAUCCCCCAAAACUACACGGCAGCAGAAAGCGAGCCUGAACAGAGAGUCGCCUACUUCCGCGAAGACAUUGGCAUCAAUCUACAUCACUGGCAUUGGCAUUUAGUCUACCCAUUUGACGCUUCCGACCGUUCUAUAGUGGCCAAAGACAGGCGUGGAGAGCUGUUCUACUACAUGCACCAACAGAUUGUUGCACGAUACACAACUGAGCGUUAUUGUAAUAAUCUAGGAAGACCUCGACGAUACAGUAACUUCCGUGAACCCAUUGAGGAAGGGUAUUUCCCCAAACUAGACUCUCAAGUCGCCAGCAGGGCCUGGCCGCCCAGAUUCGAAGGAUCCAAAAUUCAAGAUCUGAACCGUCCAGUUGACCAAAUUCGUAGUGACGUUUCGGAGAUGGAGACAUGGAGAGACCGAUUCAUUGAAGCUAUUAACAGCAUGAGCAUUAUGCUGCCAAAUGGUCGUCGAAUCCCCCUAGAUGACGAAACAGGUAUCGACAACCUGGGUAACAUGAUGGAGUCUUCAAUCCUCAGCCCCAACCGGUCUUUCUAUGGAGACCUUCACAAUAUGGGACAUGUUUUCAUCUCCUACGCACACGAUCCUGAUCAUAGGAACCUGGAACAAUUUGGUGUCAUGGGUGAUUCGGCAACUGCAAUGCGAGACCCCAUCUUCUACCGCUGGCAUGCAUAUGUUGACGAUCUGUUCCUACUUUAUAAGAACAAGCUACAGCCUUACAGCUCUGACAAGUUGGAUUUCGCCGGAAUCCGCGUUCUUUCGGUGGACUUGCAAUCCACUGGUGGAGCAAACACUUUGUCAACUCAGUGGGAACAAAGUACUGUAGACCUUGGUAGAGGUCUAGACUUCACUCCUCGUGGUUCAGUACUUGCCCGCUUCACACAUCUGACACAUGACGACUUCACCUAUGUUAUCGAGGUAAACAACACAUCAGGCCAAGGUGCGAUGGGCACCGUUCGGUUGUUCAUGGCGCCAACACAGGACGAGCGUGGCAACCCACUGAACUUCAACGAUCAAAGGCGGCUUAUGAUUGAACUCGACAAGUUCACUCAAUCAAUCCCAGCCGGUACAAGCACCAUCAGGCGUAGUUCGCUCGAUUCGUCCGUAACAAUUCCCUAUGAGCGUACCUUCCGCCGUCAAGCCGACCGCCCUGGUGAUCCAGGUUCUGGUACAGCUGCUGAAUUUGACUUCUGUGGCUGUGGAUGGCCACACCAUAUGUUGGUGCCAAAAGGAACAACAAGUGGAUUCCCUAUGGUCCUCUUCUGUAUGAUUUCUAACUGGAAUGAUGAUCGGGUGGUUCAAGACACAGUAGGCUCCUGUAACGAUGCUGCCUCAUACUGUGGUCUGCGUGAUCGAAAAUUCCCGGAUAAACGAGCAAUGGGAUAUCCCUUCGACCGUCCAAUACCCGUAUCUCGUCUCAACGAUUUCUUGACGCCCAAUAUGAAUGUACGCGACUGUACUAUUCGCUUCAAGGACGCAGUGCGUCAACGUCAGGGGUAAGAUCGGAUAUAAGCGAAAAUAAAGUAGGGGCUUCAAAGAUAUAAAAAUAUAAUCGGCAUAAAGUGCAUUAUUGUAACUAUCAUAGUUAGUAUAUAGUAGUUUAUAAUGUUAUUUUAGUUUAAAUGAAUACGCAGUAAUAUUAAAGUAAAUAUAUUUUUUGAUAAAUUUGUAAUGUCCGCAUAGUGCCUAGUAUAAUUAAAUAUCUUUGAAAUUUGAAAAAUAAAAUAGGUUUAUGGUUUAAAAACAUUUCGGAUUAUACAUGUAUACAAAUGCCUACCUCACACAGUCAAUAUUUAUCGUUGAAUAAUUAAAAUUUAACUGUUAAAACAGUACGAAAAUUAAUCUUUUGUCCUUAGAUUCCCAACAAGGCUUGUUUGCUAAAAUAUAAGAAACUUUCUAUUUAGGAAACCUCAUAUUGGAGAUUCCGGUAGUUAUACACAAGUCAGCGAAUUUAGUUCAUCCGGUGAAUUUUUACAGUCGAGUCAAUUUGUUCCUUCUAAUCUAAACCAAAUGGAUGAUAAUGAAAUAAAAAAUGUUGAAUCACAGACAAUAACUAUUGCGACUGACGAAUGUAAUGAUAAUAUUGACAUAGAUGCUGUAAUACGAAAACCAUAUUAUUAUGUCAGAUGUAAUAGACACAACCACCACAGUAUAUAUUAAAUUUUCGAUGUCAUUCUACUAUAAGCAUUAAUUAGUUAAUGUAUCCGGUUUUAAUUUGAUCAUGAUAUACUUUAUUGUAGCUAAAUGUAAUUGUUGCUUCUAUAUGCAUGGAUAUUUAUUGCAUUGUUGACAGCAAACAGUUUAUUCUAUUAAAUUUGACAAGGGGUUUUAAAUCUUUUCCUUAUGCAUUGGUCAAUUGUCAAAAUAGACUAAGAAUUCUAGACUUAUAAUUUUAUAUAUUGUUUUGAAGAUAUGCGAUGUAAAUCUCACCACGUAACUUGGCAAGACUUUUCAUGGUCAGAGAAAAUCGCGUAUGUAAAGCAAACGAAAGCUAUAAUAACGACUUUUGUGUAUUGUUCCAACUUAUUUGCAGGGAAUUAUUGCAAUACUAUAUAUAUAAUACUAUAUGAAUUUUAUUUGUACUAAAAAACGAAUUGGCUAGGAACACGGACAACGUCUUAGAUUUGUAAGUAAAGGGUCACUAGUUGUAGUUUAACUGUAAAUAAUGUACAUAUGUAGUUAUAAGAUUAAAAAAUUUAUGCCUUUCAA